AUACAAGCAGUUCAGUCUAGCAGCGGCUGUUGCCGAAUUAACAGGUUUCCAAAGUCAGUUCCACGUGGUUCUGUGUUACUUUUCUUGCGCAGUUUAAGUCAUCUGCUUAUCAGGUUCUAUCAUUUUAUUAGCAAUUGUGUUGUUGGUGCGGCUUAUCGUGAUUGGCUUUCAUUUAUAAUAAUGUCUGAUAUGGAGAAAUGCGAUAUCCUUUUGGAAUUUCGUGACCAUCAACCUUUGGUAUUCUUUGUCAAUGGAAAAAAGGUCAUCGAAUGUAAUCCCGAUCCGCAAUGCACACUCCUGACAUACCUGCGAGAGAAGCUCCGGCUCUGCGGAACCAAGCUGGGAUGUGCCGAGGGUGGAUGUGGAGCGUGUACCGUUAUGAUCUCCAGAAUUGAACGUUCAAGCGGUCGUGUCCACAAUUUAGCGAUAAACGCGUGCCUUAUGCCGAUAUGUGCCUUGCAUGGAAUGGCAGUUACGACGGUUGAAGGCAUAGGAAGCACACGUACGCGAUUGCAUCCAGUUCAGGAGCGCAUUGCAAAGGCCCACGGUUCGCAGUGCGGCUUCUGUACGCCUGGGAUGGUCAUGACCAUGUACGCGCUACUGCGAAAUUCCCCAGUGCCAUCGAUGAAGGAACUGGAAGCGGCCUUGCAAGGCAAUUUGUGUCGAUGCACCGGAUAUAGGCCUAUCAUAGAAGGAUAUAAGACAUUUACGAAAGAAUUUGGAACAUGCACCAUGGGUGACAAAUGCUGUAGAAAUAAUCCCGGAGCCAAGAUUCUUCCUGAACAGGAAAGUAGACUUUUCGAAACCAGCGAAUUCAUGCCAUAUGAUCCCUCUCAAGAGUCGAUAUUUCCUCCUGAAUUGAAGUUGUCCCCGUCUUUGGACGAAAACUCGUUGAUUUUCCGAUCACCUAGUGUGACUUGGUACCGACCGGUUAAGCUGGACCACUUGCUCGCGAUUAAGAAACGUUACCCCGAGGCUAAAAUAGUGGUCGGUAACACGGAAGUUGCUAUUGAAAUUAAAUUCCAGCAUAAGGAGUACCCUGUGCUAGUUUCCCCAACAAACAUAAACGAGCUAACCGCCGUUGAGAGACAUGAUCAAGGACUGCGAAUUGGAUCGUCCAUUUCUCUGACCGAAUUGCAGCGAGUUUUGAGCGAGGAGAUCGAAUUAAAUCCCGAGAGUGAAACUCGAUUGUACCGAGCGAUUGUCGACAUGCUGCAUUGGUUUGCUGGAAUGCAGAUCAGGAACGUGGCUUCAGUGGGAGGAAAUAUUAUGACCGGCAGUCCGAUUUCGGAUUUGAAUCCUAUCUUUACCGCCGCAGGAAUAGAAUUGGAAGUCGCAAGUUUGAAUGAUGGAGUCCGCAAGAUCCGUAUGGGAGAUGGGUUCUUCACUGGGUACCGUAGAAAUGCUGUGCGUCCUGACGAAGUACUAAUCUCACUGUUCAUCCCGAAGACCAAAGCAAAUCAACACAUUGUAGCUUUCAAGCAAGCUAGAAGACGCGAAGACGAUAUGGCCAUCGUAAAUGCUGCCUUCAACAUUACCUUCGAACCGGGCACAGACAUCGUAGAACAGGCCUAUCUAUCCUUUGGUGGAAUGGCGCCAACAACUGUACUGGCAAAGAAAACUGGGAAAGCCCUGGUUGGUAAGAAGUGGAACAGCAAACUAGUCGAAUUGGCCAAUGACACAUUGGUUGAGGAACUUCCUCUUAGUGCGGACGCCCCUGGCGGAAUGGUUCUCUACCGCAAAACACUUACGUUGAGUUUGUUCUUCAAGGCCUAUCUCUUCGUUAAUGAUGCACUCACAAAAAUCAUCCCCGGUCAUGAACCUGCUGAAGAGCGGGAACAAAGUGGUGCACAAACCUUCCAAACUAUAGAUCCGAAAAGUGCACAAAUGUUCGAGCAAACUUCCAGUAAUCAGUCCGCUACUGACCCGAUCCGAAGGCCGCAAGUUCACACCUCAGCCUACAAACAGACCACUGGUGAAGCCAUAUACUGCGACGAUAUACCCAAGUAUAGUGACGAACUGUACCUCGCGUUGGUUACUAGCACCAAAGCCCACGCUAAAAUCUUAUCCAUCGACGCUUCGGAAGCCCUUUCGAUGGACGGAGUCAAGCGUUUCUUCUCCGCAGCAGACCUAACCGAUGAGCAAAACCAGUGGGGUCCCGUCGUAGAGAAUGAGUACGUGUUCUGGAAGGAUGUCGUCAGAAGCCAGGGUUUGAUCAUUGGUGCCAUCGUUGCAGAUAACCAAACCAUUGCUCAGAAGGCAGCUCGUUUAGUUAAGGUCGUCUACGAAGAAAUAUUUCCAACUAUUGUAACAUUGGAAGAUGCCAUCAAGAACAAAUCUUUCUAUCCCGGUUACCCCAAAUAUAUGAUCAAGGGCAAUAUCGACGAAGGCUUCAAGCAAGCCUAUCGAAUAGUCCAAGGCGAUUGUAGAUUAGGUGGACAGGAACAUUUCUAUUUGGAAACACACACGUGUCUUGCCGUUCCAAGAGACUCGGAUGAAAUUGAACUAUUCACUGCUACUCAACAUCCCAGUGCAAUACAGCACUUCGUGUCUCGGGCCUUGAACAUUCCUUCAAGUAAGGUCUUUUCGCGUGUAAAACGGUUGGGUGGGGGAUUCGGCGGUAAGGAGUUUCGCUCAGUAUUACUAGCUGUACCGGUAGCGUUGGCGGCACACAAGCUAGGUCGACCUGUACGAUGUGUGCUGGAUAGGGACGAAGAUAUGACCAUCACUGGUACACGGCAUCCAUUUUACAUCUCGUAUAAAGUGGGCGUUGACGAAAACGGACACAUAUUAGCUGCUGAUUUCAAGGCUUACAACAAUGCCGGCUGUUCUAUGGAUUUGUCAUUUUCGGUUAUGGAUCGUGCCAUGUUCCAUAUCAACAAUGCCUACGACAUACCGAACCUUCGAGUUGAGGGAUGGGUCUGCAAGACCAAUAUACCGUCAAACACCGCAUUUCGAGGCUUUGGCACUCCACAGGCCAUGUUGGCAACUGAAACGAUGAUGCGUCAUGUGGCUAGAUCGCUCAACCGAGACUACGUAGAUCUAGUGGAGCUUAACAUGUGCGGUGAUGGAUAUGUGACGCACUACAAGCAACAAAUUGAAAACACGAACCUACGAAAAUGUUGGGCAGAACUGAUGAAAUCUUCGAAUUAUAAGGCUCGCUGCACCGAAGUUGCACGGUUCAACGAACAGAAUCGCUGGCGUAAACGGGGAAUUAGUUUGGUUCCCACAAUGUAUGCAAUAGGAUUCGAUACCAUUCAUAUGAACCAGUCAGGCGCUCUGGUACAUGUAUAUCAGGAUGGAACGGUAUUAUUGACUCAUGGUGGAGUUGAGAUGGGACAAGGUAUACAUACUAAAAUGAUACAGAUAGCGGCCUCCGUACUCCAAAUACCAUCUGAACGUAUUCAUAUCUCCGAAACGGCGACGGAUACAAUUCCCAAUACACCUCCGACGGCGGCCAGUCUGGGUUCCGAUCUUAACGGCAUGGCUGUACUCAAUGCUUGCGAGAUGUUAAAUGACCGUUUGAAGCCUUACAAAAAGCAGUUUCCCGAUCACGGUUGGGAUAGUUGGAUCAGCAAGGCGUAUUUUGAUAGGGUGUCCUUGUCCGCAUUCGGGUUCUAUGCUACUCCAGAUGUUCAUUUCGAUCGCGCCACCAACACCGGUAAACCGUUUAACUAUUAUGUGUUUGGCGCUGCCUGUUCAGAAGUAGAAAUCGACUGCUUAACCGGUGAUCAUCAGGUCAUUCGUACGGAUAUUGUUAUGGACAUUGGCUCUAGCCUUAAUCCAGCUAUCGACAUAGGACAAAUCGAGGGUGCUUUCAUGCAGGGGUAUGGUUUGUUCACUCUGGAAGAAACGGUUUACUCCCCGGGUGGCACACUGCUAUCGAGAGGUCCAGGAAUGUACAAGAUCCCCGCAUUUGGAGAUAUUCCCGGGGAGUUCAACGUUUCGCUUCUAACAGGAUCUCCGAACCCAAGAGCGGUUUAUUCGUCAAAGGCCGUAGGAGAGCCUCCGCUCUUUUCAGCGGCAUCGGUUUUCUUUGCCAUUCGGGAAGCUAUUGCAGCGGCGAGGUAUGAGGAAAAUUUGGAUAAUGAUUUUAAUCUUGUAUCGCCAGCCACUGUCGCCAGGAUUCGAAUGGCCUGUCAAGACAGUAUCACGAACAAGUUUUCUGAACCGACACCAGAAUCGUUCGUUCCUUGGAAUGUUAUGCCAUAAAACUCUGAUGAAGCACCCUGGAAGACGCGCUGUUUUAUUUAUGGAAUUUGGUUAAAUAGGGUUAUCUAAUUUAUACUUGUUCUGAAAUAAAUCGAACCUUUUAAAACAGAUUAAAAA